AUUGCGAUCAUCCUGCAUCCUCCACAUGGGCGUCCGCUCUUCCCGCCGGCGCACCUGUCUGCGCGCACCUGCCUCAAACAGCCAAUCAGAGCGCGCGCGCGCUGAACAGGUGAUCCUUCCUCGUCGCGCCGCUCGUCCGCCAGGUGCUCGGUGGCAGGACGCUGGUGACGUAUCCGACAACAUGCCGAAGGGAAACUUCGAUACCUGAGGCGACAAACGACACUUGAAGUGUAGUGUAGUGGCACGACAAUUAUGAAAAUAUCCCGCCAUGGAGAAUGCCGCGGGUGGCUCACGUCGUCAGCAACACACUUGUUGCUUAUCAUGAACUCUGAGGCUCACUGCUGGGCAUGUACCUGCUGGAGAAGAUCACCUACGAGACCGUGUGUAGGAAACGAGUGAAACGUAUUAAUUUUGUCUCGGGACGGAACCCCCGCGAGGUGCUCGUACACAGCACAGCUACGUCAGCCUGACUCGAGCCCGACGGUAGAGCGCCAUGUAUUUUUUAACCGGCUGGCCCCGGAAGCUGCUUCACCCCCUGCCGAGCGAGGAGGAGCCGUUUCACAUUCGGCCGAACUUCCACGGGACUUUGUUCGCCGUUCUCUCGGAGACUCAGCUCGGCGUUUGGUUCGGCCGGCCCAGUGUCCUAAUUGUGAACUACACGGAGUCUGCUAAGGCGGCCUCCCGCUGUGGUCCCUACCAACUGGCUGAAUGGAAGUCGGAUGACGCCGCCAUUGCAGUAUCGGCUGCAGGUGGAUACCUCCUCCUGUUUGACCUGGUGAGAUGCAGCAAAGAAAAGUUCCUGUAUGAGCCGCUGUACCCCAAAGGAAGUCCCUAUGUGCAGGUUACCCCAGGUUCCAAGGCAGAGCAAGGCGUGCCAGCCUUUACCUUGGAGCGGAAGGAUCCACUGCAUUUGGGGGCCCCUAUCACCAGUUUUCAGACUAUGCAAGAGGAAUUGAUGGUGUGCACAGCAGAUGGGCAGCUGCAUGUCCUUCAGUGGUGUGGCGCCAACAGCAGCCGCAAGGCCAUCAGCCUCCACAACAUACCCUUCGCCUUGGACCUGCAGACGUGUCGAAGUGCAAGUGAGCCCUCGUCGGCCCUUGAAAACAUGCAUGUUCGGGACGUGGAGUACUGCGAGACUCUGAAUGGCUUUGCUGUGGUUCUCAACGAUGGCCGCCUGGGCUUCCUUUCUCCUGCCAGCGGCAUCGCUGCAAAUCAGCUGCAGGGUGUCUGGGCUCCCAGUGUGGCGGACGGAAUGUGUGUCGCAGUGAACAAUAAAUAUCGACUGAUGGCUUUUGGCUGUGCCAGCGGUUCCGUGUUGCUGUAUACCAUAGACAGCGAAACUGGGUCCAUGCAGCUGUCUCACGCACUUAAGCUGUCUCCAGAGUAUUACCCCGACAUCUGGAACAAGACAGGUGAAGUGCAGCUGCUACAGUGGUCACCAGACUGCAGUGUUGUUGUAGUGUCAUGGAAGCAUGGGGGCCUCUCACUGUGGAGUGUGUUUGGGGCCCACCUUGUAUGCACACUGACAGAGGACUUUAUGUACAGGUCUGAUGGCACUAAGAAAGAUCCACUGAAGAUCACUUCUGCAGCAUGGGGAGCAGAAGGGUAUCACCUGUGGGCACUAACCACUGUCAAAAUGGCUCAGGGGUCCUGCGUUCAGCCCCAGCAAACUGGGAUACUGCAGUUUCAGUUCCUCAGGAGCACCUCGGCAGCGAGCCGGGAUACGAACACCCAGGAGCAGGUGCUCCUUCUGGGGGAAGACCGGGUAUAUGUGGCAUGUGGCGACCCAACCCCUGCUCACAGACCUGUUGAUCUGCAGCAGCUUCAGCGUGGAGGCGACCUUUUGGGUGCUCCAGCCCCACCCCCCACAGCCACAUCUCAUGGAUCAGAUGCUUUGUUGGGUCACAGGCACUGGCAUGUUGUUCAGAUCCACAGCACAUAUCUAGAGUGUAACUGGCCAAUAAGGUUUACGGCCAUAGACCCAAGUGGCCACCUGGUGGCGGUCGCGGGGAGACAUGGUUUUGCACACUACUCUCUGGUUAGCAGGAAAUGGAAACUCUUUGGGAACGUUGCUCAGGAACUGACCAUGGUUGUAACUGGUGGACUUGCCUGGUGGAAUGACUACAUUAUUGUUGCCUGCUGCAACUUAACUCAUCACCAAGAAGAGAUCAGGCUGUAUCCUCGUCUGUCCAACCUGGACAAUGCCUACGCCAGCGUCACCAGGGUGCAUUUGGACACAGUGCUACUCGCCCUGUACCAGAACCUAAUCCUACUGUUCCGAGCCGACUGCUCCAUUGGCCUCUACAGAAUACUUGAUAGUGAGGACAGCCCAAGGUCUGUUACCGUGGAGCUCUUGAAAGAAGUCUCCUUGUCCCGCUACAUCUCCCAUCCAGCCACAGUAGUGUCCAUUAUGCUCACCUCUUUGCGCACAGAGAUUGAUGAUACAUUUAAAACCCGGCAGCAGGUCCCUGUGGCACAGAGCAUCCUUUUGAACAUGGCAGGCCAACUGCUCAUGCUGCAGUGGGAGCGCUCAGGGUCCCAGAUGCAAGAAGAGAAUCGGAGCCGGCAGAAGAAACGGCUCCCAUUCUGCACUCCUGUGGUGUUGGCACAGUGUGUGGAAAAUAUGUGGACAACUUGCUACAGUAGCAGCAAACCAAAGCGCCAACUGCUGGAGGCCCUGUGGCUCGCAUGUGGUGGGGCAGGCAUGAAGGUAUGGUUGCCGCUUUUCCCCCAUGACAGUCACAAGCCCCAAUCCUUCCUGUCUCGCCGCAUCAUGCUGCCCUUCAAGGUCAACGUGUACCCCCUGGCAGUGCUCUUUGAAGAUGCCCUGAUCUUGGGGGCAACCAGUGUGACUGUACUGUAUGACAGGCAGCAAGACAUGCCUUUUGAGUCUUUGGAGGCCUUCUUUCCUUUCUGCAUGGUGGAGCGCACCUCCCAGAUCUACCUCCACCAUGUUCUGCUCCAGCUACUCAUCCGCAACCUAGGUGAACAGGCCCUGCUGCUAGCCCAGUCCUACGCCACGCUGCCCUACUUCCCCCAUGUGCUGGAACUCAUGGUGCAUGUGGUAUUGGAGGAGGAGGCCACCUCACGGGAGCCUAUCCCUGACCCACUGCUGCCCAGGGUAGCCAAGUUUAUUACAGAGUUCCCCUUUUUCCUCCAAACCAUUGUACACUGCGCCCGCAAGACAGAGUAUGCCCUUUGGAACUACCUCUUUGCUGCUGUGGGCAACCCCAAGGAUCUGUUUGAAGAGUGCCUAAUGACCCAUGACCUAGACACAGCUGCCUCCUAUCUCAUCAUCCUGCAGAACAUGGAAGUCCCAGCAGUUAGCCGACAGCAUGCAACAUUGUUGUUCACUUCUGCCCUGGAGCAUAGCAAGUGGGAUCUGUGUCGUCACAUAAUGAGGUUCCUCAAGGCCAUUGGCUCAGAAGAAUCGGGGACACCUCCGAGCACUCAGGAAUCCGGUCUGACAGCGGGAUUUGAACUUUUCCGGGACAGGAGUAUCGGUGUAUCGCAGUCACUUGACAGGUGGAACAGGGACAGCAGCAGUACAGAAAAUGUGUACAUGGACAUGAUCCUCUGGCGAGAGGCACGUCACCUGCUGGAGGACUUGCGGCUCAAGGAUUUGGGGUGUUUCUCUGCCCACCUGGGCUUCGAGCUCAUUGGCUGGCUGCGCAGGGAACGCUCUCGGGCGGCCCGCGUUGAUGACUUUGUACUUGCUCUCAAGAGGCUGCACCACGAUUUCUUGUGGCCAUUCCCUGUCAGUACUGCUUGCGCUGUCAGCUCUCCCAUCAGAAAUGGAUAUUGCUUUACAGCUGCCAGUAAUGGAGUGGGGCUCAACUUCAGCCCUGAAGCUAUCAUCUACAGACCAGCCCUUGGUCAAGGUGUGCACCUGCAAAGAUCACAGACGGCAAGCAGGCUUCUUGACACGGUGCCACCUCCAAUUUGCCGUAGUAAAUACACCUGGCUGGAUAGCACUGUGGCAGAGCACAAAGAGACCAGUGUGCCCAGGGAUGCGCUUCUCUCACCCAUCCACCAUAAUGGUGACAAGGAGAGCAUUGUUUCUGUUACCAGCCUGACUGAGAUCAGCUCUGGGGCAGAUGAGGACUGGGCUUCAGCAGACGAAGACUUCACCUCUACUGUCAGUGCGACACAGAUGGGGCGCAUGUCAACAGAGGUGGCUAGUAAAGGUCCUCACAAGUCUGAGGUGCAGCUCAGGUACCUGCUGCACAUAUUCAAGGAGGCAGGUUGUCUAGAAUGGUGUGCAGUCAUUGGGCUCGUACUACAGGAUGCAGCAGUCAUCAAGCAGGUGAUCAGCUGCCUGGAGAGCCCGGUGGUCUCUGCUGAGGCAGUGCAUCGCAUCUACGGUGGCCUACUGGUAGUGGAUGCCUGGGCCUCAUCUGACUGGUGGGUUUAUGGCCUUGGCUACAAGCCUUUUCUCAACCAAAUUGGACCACAGUUGCAGAAGGUGAGCGGGAAGUUGAUGGAACCAAUACAAUCUCUAGCUUUUCAGGCCCCUGGAACUUCGAGACCUGCAGAAUCAGCAGGCCCCAAGUCAGAGGAUAGGCAUGAGUCAACAGCUCUAGGGAUCAGCCUUCCUGCAGAAGCUUCAGGCACUAAACCCAAGGAAGACUCUCCCAUGAAGGAGGAGGUGGAGCAAGCCUUGGAGGGGGCAUACACGUGUAUUAUUUCCUGAAAGCUUUGAGCUGAACAGUGCAAAUGGUGGGAGAAAAGUUGAGGCAGGGCAUCUCUUAACCAUCCAAAGGAGGAAUGGACCAGCGAAUCUCCUCUGUUUUACUUUUAAAGACUUUCCUGAAUCAGAUGCACCUUUAUUCUAUACAUCUGUUGCACUAAGUGUGUGUGUGUGUGUAUACAGUGUGAGCACUAAGUUUGAUUUAGUAAACCACAUCCCUUUUCUUUCUGUCACUAUUCUAAAUAUGUCCAUCUCUUAUAUAGUUUUUAGAUAGGUAGUGGUACUGAAGUGUAAAAUCUAGAAAAUGGAUUGCUAUGCAUUCACAUGUUUUUACACUGUAGUGUAUUUUUAACAAACUUUACUACUGAGUGAUGCAAACACGAAGCAGCUGGAAGAGCUAUAGCCACUUUACAGUGCAUAAAUAACAGGCAAUGUUUACAUUAACAUCAUGGAUACAUAGGCAACUAAUGAGGACAAGGGGCAAAAACUCUGGAGAUCCAUAACGAACUGGUCACUGUUAAAUUACUCAAGUUACAGGAAAGGAUGUAUUGGUGUUGCUUGAAUAGAUAACAGUACUGCAGGCAACUUCUUUCUCACACAGUGCUCUGUGGGCGCCGCAUAACAUUCAGCAGAAGACGGGUGUGUGGGUAAAAUUUUGAGAAGCAUAAACUAAAGAAAACAAUGUGCACUGCAAGUGAGAGGUGUGUACAAAUGAAAGUUGCCUUUCUCUUCUGUGUAUCGUCUUUUCUACCUCGGACAGUGUUAAACUGAUAGAGUACAAACCUUUAUUAAAGAUGCUGUGUUCAGUACUUUGACAUGUUUAUGGCGUUUUGUAUAAACGUGUUUUCGUAGUUGCAUUGUUUUCUUAGGUUCAUUGGGUAUGUGAUCCUUACAGGGACCAUUGUUGCAUUGAAUAGCUGGGGUGGUCCUCAUAGUCUGUAUGGUAACUACAGCUCUGGAAUAUAAUUGUUUUUGUGAUGCAUUGUGAUGCUGCAUCGAUGCAUAAAAAUAGAUUUUUCUUUUUUUC